CACCUAUAAAUACAUCUUUUCAUGGCCUGAAACCAAAGUAAUCUUAAAAAAAAAAAAAAUACAGAGCUGAGGUAUAGUCUUUGAUUACAGUAUUAUCGUUAGAAUAAUGGUCUACCAUCCUUUUUCCCGUAAGGAUAGCUUGAUGAAGAACCAAGGUAUUGUGGAAGAAAAGAAGAGAAAGGGAGGGAAGGAUUUUCAUGGAGAUGAUCCUGAAAUCAAUGCCAUGUUUGAUGCUGUUAAAAGGAGGAGAAAGAUCGAGAAAAGUUCUGAAGAAAUCAUCCUGUUUGUUGAGAAAAUAAUGGCUGAGCUUGAGCUCGUAGCUGAAGACGAUGCACAACUCAACAGAAUAGGCCAACCAGCCAUCAACAAACUCCGAAAAUUGCCUUUCCUUACCGAGGUUUUGUCCAAGAAAAGUUUUCAACUAGAGUUUUUGGAUUGUGGAGUUCUGACACUCUUGAAGAAUUGGCUAGAGCCCCUUCCUGAUGGCAGCUUACCAAACGCAACCAUCCGUGGCACAAUUUUGAACAUCUUGACAGAUUUCCCACUCGAUUUAAAGCAACAAGAACGACGAGAGCAGCUCAAGAAAAGCGGUCUUGGGAGGGUGAUUAUGUUUCUAUCUAGAUCUGAAGAGGAAACAACUUCCAACAAAAAACUGGCUAAGGAUUUGAUUGAUAAAUGGAGCCGAAUCAUAUUUAACAAGAGUACAAGUUUCGCUGACUUGAGAAGCAAAGACGAUGUUAACGUUCCUGUGAUGAAAAAGUCUGCAAGCAAACCAGCAAUCUUGCAAUAUAUAGAGGCUGAUUUGGACUUCAACGUUUCCAAGGAGCAGAAGCUAAGCUCCGGACCAUCUUCUUCAAGCCAAGCUGUUACAAGGGCUGAACCAACCCCGAUGGUUUAUGUGGUGAAUCCUCAAUCCAAGUGCAAUCCAGAGGUAUUCAAAGCUUAUGCUAGGCAACAAGUACAAGGAGACUCCCGCCAAAGGAUAGCUAACAGGUUGAAGCAGUUAAAAGCAUCAAAAAAGAAGCCGCUGCAAGCUGAAAAACCUAGUGCUCAGGGUCGUCGCAUGCUACCAAGCUUUUGA